AUGUUAAUUGUAAUAGGUUCAACGGUCGCAUUAAUAGCAAGCCUGAUGGCUUUUUCAAAACCAAGAAAUUAUUGGAGCACUUUUGCCCGAGGGAUUUUUAUGUUAGCCAAGUACAAUCUUGUGGGAUUAAAAGAACUUUUUCUUGACAUUAUUCAUGCCAAGUACAAUAAAACAGAUUUACCAAAAAAAAGCGACUGUGUCGCUAUUGUUACUGGAGGAUCCCGUGGAAUUGGCGUUGAAGUUGUCAAAAUGUUACUCCGCUGUGACAUGGAAGUUAUUAUAGCCUGCAGAAGAAAAGAAGCUGGAGAGAAAACUAUUGAUAAAAUUCGUGCCUCUGGAAUCACUGAAGGAAAAGCUAAAGUUUACGUGCUUGAUAAUUCAAGCUUGGACUCUGUAAAAAAAUUCGCCAAUGAUAUAAAGAAAGAUUAUGACAAAAUUCACGUACUGAUCAACAAUGGGACCGAAGAAAAUUUUGCUCGAGUCAUUAAUAUUUCUUCUUGCGCUCACCAUUUAGGAACUAUUAAUUUCGAUGACAUAAAUUAUAAUAAACGAAAACCAUUUUUAACUUACUGUGCUUAUGGUCAAAGCAAGUUAGCCCAAGUAAUAUUCACUGAAACAUUAAGACAUAUUAUCAAUAAAAAUGAACUUUUUGUAAAAACUUACGCUGUUCAUCCAGGCAUGGUCAAUACAGACUUAUUUGAAAACAGCUUCAUUCAUUAUUUUGGCUUUUUGAUGAAAAUAAUGUUCAAAUCUCCGGAACGAGGUGCCAGGACAAUAGUUUACGCAGCAGUAAGCAAAGCCAUCGAAGACACUGACGGCUUAUACUACAGUAAUUGCCGUAAAGCUACUCCCAAUCAACUCGUAUAUGAUAAACCGACUCAAGAGAGAUUAUUUUUACUGAGUCUUGAACAAACAAAGCUAGAAAGUUUCCUACAAUACUGCUAA